AUGGCACUGAACAAUAGAGAGACAUCACAGCUUCGGGGCGCGCUCCAAGAGGCCGUCAUCAAGUGCUCCGAAAGAUGUCUUUACCAAUCAGCCAAGUGGGCUGCCGAGCUCCUCAAUGCGAUUCCAGAGCCCGAAACAGACCCGGACAGCUCACUGCUGUCAGAUUCUAGCAUCUUUCCUCCAACCAUCAUUGCUCAAAAUUCCGAGCCUCAGGAGGCGCUCCUCGAGGCCAAAGAGUUUAACAAAUACCUCAUGGCCAAAUCGUUCUUCGAAUGUCGCGAAUUCGACCGAUGUGCUGCCGUUUUCCUUCCCGAAACUUUGCUGUCAGGCAUUGUUAAUGCAACAGAGCCAAGCCAGAAUCCCAAGGGCAAAGGCAAAGCCAAAGCAACAGCCGCCAGCUUUAGUGCCUCCAGUGCGCCCAAACUACCAGAUAUCAGCCAAAGAAGCUUGUUCCUGGCCCUGUAUGCCAAGUACCUGUCUGGCGAGAAGCACAAGGAUGAAGAGUCGGAAAUGGUCAUGGGCCCACAAGACCUCGGGUUGUGCGUGAACAAACAACUGCUCACCAUUAGCCGUUACCUCGAAGCCUGGUUUGAGCAAAGAAGAGAUGAGCACGGCGAGGACGUAGACGGCCAAGGAUGGCUGGAAUAUCUGUACGGAAUCGUGCUCGCAAAGCAAAAGAACGAAGACUUGGCCAUUUAUUGGUUAGUCCGGAGUGUUCACCUAUUUCCAAUGAACUGGGGAUGUUGGCUGGAGAUCACCUCCUUGAUCUCGCGUGUUGAGGAUCUGAACCGUUUGAUGCAACGGCUGCCACAGAAUAUCGUUUCCUUCAUGUUCCACAUACAUGCAAGUCUAGAGCUGUAUCAGCAUGAUGGCAACCUUGCGAGCUCGCUGAACCAGUUGUUGACAAUAUUCCCGGGUUCUUCGUUCUUGAUGACAUGCGAUGCACUUCUCUCAUACCAUGCCAAAGACUUUGUGGCGGCAGAGCAAGCUUUCAGCCAGUUAUUGUCUCUGCACCCUCAUCGUCUAGAUUCCUUGGACCAUUACUCCAACAUCUUAUACGUGAUCAAUUCACGACCAAAGCUCGCAUUUCUCGCGCAUGUCUGCUCGAGCAUUGACAAAUUCCGACCAGAAUCAUGCGUGGUGAUAGGAAAUUACUACUCCCUAAUCUCACUGCACGAAAAGGCAGUGCAAUAUUUCCGACGUGCCUUGACGCUCGAUCGAUCCUGUCUCUCUGCCUGGACUCUGAUGGGUCACGAGUAUGUCGAGCUCAAGAAUACACACGCGGCUAUCGAAUCCUACCGCCGUGCCGUCGACGUUAACCGUCGCGAUUACAGAGCAUGGUAUGGUCUUGGACAAACAUAUGAAGUGCUGGAAAUGCACGCUUAUGCUCUGUGGUACUACAAGAAGGCGGCAGGUCUAAGACCAUGGGACGGCAAGAUGUGGAUGGCUGUGGGCUCGUGCUUGCAAAAAAUGAACCGGAACCUGGACGGCAUUAAAGCAUUGAAACGCGCUAUUCUAGCCGAGAGUUAUUAUGACACUGGAAGCAGUUUUGGAAGCGCAGGCAGCAUGGCGGGCGGGCUGCGUGGUGCACAUAUGGACCCAGAUAUACUUUUACAAAUUGCGCAAAUGUACCAAGAUCUGGAGGAGGAGGAGGAGGCAAAGGCAUACAUGGAACUAUGUGUGGCACAAGAGGAGGGGACUGCUAGCAGCAAUGUUGGUGAGAGUAUUGCGAUACAUAAUGACGACGGCUCCGACGAUGGUGGAGAUCAUGCAGGACCAUCAGCGAAUGGAGGCAGCAGAGAAGGAACAGGCGUCACUCAAGCCACCAGCAAGGCGCGCAUGUGGCUUGCGAAAUUUGCGAUGCGCAACGAGGAUUACGAUACCGCCAACAGGUUGCUCAACGAACUUUGUCAAGACGGCGUCGAAGUGGAAGAGGCCAAGGCACUGAUAAGAGAUGUGCGGUCGACACUGGAGGCUGGCAGGACUACGCGAGGAUUGCUGCUCGAUCCGAAUGAAUAA